AUGGAUGAUGGCUUCUUCCUUUUGAAGUUCUCUGUUUUAGAGGACUUUGAGCAUGCAUGGACUGGAGGUCCCUGGUUUUUCUUUGGAAAACCAUUUAUUCUUCAAACCCUAAGUGGACUCCGGACUUCAUCCCGAAGCGAGAGGAAUUCCCGUCCAUUCCGCUAUGGAUCAAAAUCCCGAACCUUCCUCUCUCGCUCUGGACUCCGGAAGAAUGAUUUACUCAACAUUGCUAAUGAUAUUGACAGUCCUUGGGCGGUCGUAGGUGAUUUCAACUGCUGUCGGAUGCCCAACGAGAAAGCUGGAGGAAUUCCUCUCUCUAGCACCUGUCUUGGUGACUUUAAUAAUUUGAUUUUUAAUGCUGGACUGCAUGACCUUUCUUCUGUAGGUCACUUCUACACUUGGUUUAACCAACAGCACAAUAACCCUAUACACAUCAAACUUGACCGUGUGUUGGUUAAUAACUGUUGGCUUAAUUCCUUCCCUAACCCCUUUUACAAAGUGGGGGACCCUAGUUGCUCGGAUCAUUCCCCAAUUCUUCUUAUGGAUUCGGGUGAGGCUCAGUUGGGUCACAGAUUCAUGUUCAAGAAUUACUGCACCAACUUUCCUGAUUUCUGGCAUUGUUUACUGGACACUUUCUCUCAGCCCAAUGACAGCAGCGCCCUUAGCUCAUUUAGCUACAAACUCAAAACCCUCAAGAACAAAAUCAAACACAAGACUUGGGCUAACUCAAACAACAUUCAAAAGGAAAUUGACACUUUGUCUGAGGUUCAAAAUCUUGUUAUCAGCCAAAUCCAAGAAAAUCCUCUUGAUGACCUCCUCAAUAUAAAUCUGAAAAAUGUCAACAUCAAACUCAAUUACUAUCACUCCACAUUGUCUAGCUGGAUUGCCCAACGAGCCAAGAUUAGGUGGCUUACUCACGGUGAGGAUGAUUUAAAAUUUCUCUAUUCAAAGAUCAAUGCUGUCAGGAACUAUAGUCGCAUCAAAGAAAUCAAUACUGAUUUGGGUUGCUUCAACACCCAUAAUGGCAUUUCUCAAGCUUUUAUCAAACAUUUCUCCAAUCUUUUCAACACUGAGAACUCCUCUGCUCAUUUUUCGAGCAGCCCGGUUGGUAAUGUGAUUCCUGUUCAUCUUAUUUCUUCUCUUACUGCGCCCGUUACAUUAGAAUAA